UGGAGAUUUUGGGCGGGGAGAGUUUGUUGGAGGCCAAGAAGAAAAAAUUGAUGGCUGACCUUGAAGGUGGAGCGAUCUUUAAAGGGAAAACCUUCCUGGGAAAUGUGAACGGGAGGCAGCAGGUGAAUGGGGGAAACGGGAAGAGGAAUGGGAAUCAAGGUGCUGCUGAUGGGAAGAAGAAGAGGCCAAGAAAGAAGGGAAAAGAU